CAAUCUAAAGGAUCAAAUCUAACAAAGUAAGCAUCUUAUUGAUCACACUUUAGAAUAUAACUAACUUUCCAUAAAUCAAAAUUAUUUUAAACUCUUUCUACUACAUGCACCUAAAAACAUUGCUUGCUGCUAUCAAAUAUAUCUAAAAAGUAUUGUCAUAGAAAUCUCAUAGUAUUUAGCGGUGCUAAGGACAUGCCACCGAAAAAACAGUAACUCAGUUGUCAUAAUUAAGGAAACUGAAUUCUUGCUCAAUCAACUGAUAUAGCAAAAGCUUUUGCAGUUAUACCAAACUUCCACCUAGCCAGAAAAUUCCAUUCAUGAAGUUUCUUUUUGUAAAAGAAGUGUUGAAGAUCAACUGAUGCCAGGGGAAUCAUGUUUGAAUCUUAGGUGUUGUGAGAUAUUAUAUAUUAUUAUAGAUAAUGUUUUUGUGUUUUCAUAAAAAGAUUCAGCUAAGCUUUGAUGACAAUACUAGGUGGUGGGGGACUGAGGUUGAUGAGUUUUGAAGGAAAACAAUAUAUGAUAGUAGCAUAUUACAAAGGGAAGAGGAAAGAACAAUAAUAGAGUAAUAUAUAGUUUAGAAACCUAUAGAAUAAGUUACAUGAAUGAAUUACCUGGUUCUGUGGGCACAAGUGUCAGUUUUAGUUUGAGAGUAGGCCAAACUUUGUUCUCAUCUGCUUCUCUUCUGUUUAUGUCUUUGGGAGUUGAAUUCUACAGCUACACUGCUUUCUGCUAUUUGGUGACAAUCAUGGGUCUGGUUAUACCUUGGAGUUUCACAUUAGCUUUGGUAGAUGGAUACUCUGUACUUGUCAAAUGCCCGAUUCGCCAACCGGGAAUACUACUGAUUAUUGUUGUGGGAGAUUGGAUUUUAUCAACACUGACACUAGCAGCAGCUUCAUCAACUGCUAGUGUUGUGGAUCUCCUGCUUGAUUCUCAAGGAUCUUUUUGUCCUAUAAAGCUUUGCCGCAGGUACAGGAUAUCUGCAGCUCUGGCCUUUGUGUCAUGGUUUCUGUCAUUGGCAUCCUCUCUUUUUAACCUUUAUCUGUUACCCUCUCUGUGAUUCUCAUUUAAUUCCCCUGUAAAAAUAUUAGAUUGACCAUUGUUUGUUUUGUAGUACUUUUUCAAAUUUUAUGAGACAAUCCUAGUUUGUUAGUGAUGUAUAACUUAAAAGCUCACAUGCAUUUGUAAUAGAAA